GUCAUCAAAAACUACAUGGCCGUAGACGUGACCGUGUUCAUCGUCGCUCUACGACCACGUCUGCGUUCCACCUUCCACAGCGCCGGGGUUUACGCUCUCCUGCCAGAAGAGAACUUCUUCAUGAGUCUCCACGACGCGGUCCUCGUGGCGCUGGCGGACCUUCAAGCGGAGCAGCGCGCCUCGCACAACGCCGACGGCGCCGCCACUCCCGACGUCUGCUUGCGGCGUCGAAAACUCACGACAGACGAGGUGCGCAGCAUCAUGGAACACGACCCAGACGUCAUCAACGACCUCUCCGUGGUCGGGGAAGAACGCGCCAUGCUAUUCUGA